AUGUCGGACAAUCCAUACACAAACAGACCCCCGCUAAAAUUGAGGAAUUCAUCAGAGUCAACAGUCAACAAGGAGCCUCUUUUUGGCUUUCUGCAAAGAUCUGUCACUGCUCGGCAAAUUACAAAGGCAAUGGAUGGAGACAUCAAUCCAUUCACAAAGCAGCCACACUCGCCUCAAUAUAAGAAGAUCCUGGAAACACGGAAGAAGCUACCCGUCUUUGCACAGAUGGAAGAGUUCCUCAAGAUGUUCAGCAACAAUCAGGUAAUCGUUAUGGUGGGAGAGACGGGAUCAGGAAAGACUACUCAGAUCCCCCAGUUUGUUUGCUACUCAGACCUUCCACAUGCCAAGGGAAAGCUUGUGGCGUGUACACAGCCCCAUCGUGUCACAGCGAUGUCUGUGGCGAAGCGAGUUGCUGACGAAAUGGACGUACAACUCGGCAAGCAAGUUGGAUAUUCGAUUCAGUUCGAAGAUAUGACAGAACCCGGGACGACAUUUCUUAAAUACAUGACGGACGGGAUGUUACUGCGAGAGGCAGUGAACGACCCAGACCUCUCACGAUACUCGACGAUCAUCCUCGACGAAGCACAUGAGCGCACGCUCGCCACCGAUAUCUUGAUGGGUCUGCUGAAAGCGCUCGCCAAACAGCGAUUCGAUCUGAAGAUCGUUGUCAUGUCCGCGACGCUCGAUGCGCUGAAGUUUCAAAAAUACUUGUCGGUGUCGAAGGAUGGAGAGCUUGCGCCCCUGUUUAAGGUCCCAGGUCGCACGCACCCCGUUGAGGUGUUCUAUAUGCAGGAGCCGGAGCCGGACUACGUUGAGGCAGCAACUAGGACGGUGCUGAUGAUACACAGAGCCGAGGACCCUGGCGACAUCCUUCUCUUCUUGACAGGAGAGGAGGAGAUCGAAGACUCUUGUAGGAAAAUCAAACUUGAAGCCGAUGAUCCAACAACAACGUAUUUUUGA